AGAUCAAAUAUUAGGGCUCUGUUUUUAGGGUUUAUCACAAUGCAGGGCGAGGAAGGGGAUGCGCUGUGGGACGAUAUUGUCCUCGCUGAGAGAUUCCUCGUUAGCGCGAUGUAUGCCCGUUCUUUGUCCAAGGCGUCCGAGGUUCUUGACAAGCUGCGGCUAAAAUCCUCAGACACUCGACGGCUUCUCUACGCUGUUAACGAUCAAGGCCUUAGAGACCUUGUUGAAGCUGCUGGAAUGGUGCUUGUCCAAGCGACCAGCGAAAUGGGGAGGCUUGGAUCGUUAUUUAGCAUCUUGGAAGAUCAUUUCGAGAGUCUGGAGUUUAUACCGCACUACUUGGUUCUUCCAGCAAUUUGUCUACAAGUCUCAUCUCAGCUCCAUUAUCCUGCUCAUCUAGCUCUUCAGUGCUACCUCGAUGGCUGGUCCAGGGAUGCCCAACAAAGUGGCUUUUACACUAAAACUGUCAAAGAGUGCACUAUGCUCUUGCCGGGGGAUAUUUAUGCCGACUUAUCAGAAAUCUUUUCUGUGCACCUAUUACGUCUCAAGGACCCCAAGUUGGCCCUCAGCUGGACGGAGAAACUCAACCUGCCGAAAAGGAGAAGGCAAGAACUGUUGGAAAAGCUUCUUGAUCGUACCGUCCCUACGCCAAUGAAAAAAAAAGAAUUAGAAGAAGAAGAACAGGGAGCCGGCUUUCUUGGUGACAAAGAAUCUGCACCUACAAAGAAAACGAGAGCUCUCCAAUCGACAUCGCUACGUAUAAGCUUUGCUUACUGGGUAAAGCUCCUGGUUGAAGUGCUUCGCAUAUUUUGGAUCCAAGCAUUGGCUCGAAUAUCAUUCCAGUUCUCUGCAAUAGGAAAGAGCCUUGCAACGAUUAUUAUGGUGUAUGCGUUGAUCAAGAAACGCCACCUUAUCCGGAGGGCCAUGAGCAACGUGUUGCGAGGCGCUCUCACUGGACUAAAAGACUUUUGGGACCUUGCUUUCGGAUUGCAAAUAAAUCCACUGGCUGCGGUGUCAAACGCUGGACAUUGACGUGAUAUGGACCUACACACAUUAGUUUGCCCAUGGAAACCGUAUGGUACUCUCGAAGGGAGCUCGAUGGACGCUACUGUGUCUAGCUUGGGAGAGCUCGCAUCCAUAAUAAGCAGUUCGGAGACGCCAGUUAUUUCAUCGUGGACGUAGCAAAGCAGAAAGCCGUCAUCUUCCUCGGCAUCGUCGUUCCUGGGAACGAAAAAUGGCUCACUGCCAAAACGUCCCGUUCCAAAUUUUCUCCAUGCAACCACAGCGGGGUCAUACUCGAGAGCUUCUUCAGAGAUGGUCGUCACGUUGGAACAUCUGGGAGCAUUCAGAUCGAGCUUUGCAACUCCAGAGAACUUCGGCCAUGGACCAUAAAUCGAAUAAUAAGCAUACCUCGUCUUUCUGGUGAUCA